AUAAAUGAGGUCUAAUUAGGUAGCGAUUUGCCCAAGAAAGCAUUAUUAUUACAUCUAAAAUAUUGCAUUUAAAAAACGCUCCAUUUUAAGCACAAAUGAGCGAUAAUUUCGGCCAGUGUAAUUGGGGGUGCGAGUGUGCGACAACAACAUGUGUUUACACUCAUCAGAACAGGAAUGGAAGAAGCUGGGCCCACUCGUGCAGGCAAAUCCCGUGCAAUGCAUUAUAAAUGGCUCCGCCGGGUCCUGUGACCCCAGACGACCCACCACGUUUUUUUUGGCCAAGAACACAAAAACUGGACGGAGUUCAAAAAGAAGUGACCUACUUGCCGGCCGUGUAAUUAGUAUACCACACAGGCUCGGGCCAGGGAAAACAUAAAAAAAAAAACAGCAAAGUGUAAAAUUCAUGGGGCGAAAAAUCGAAAGUUAGUUGCCGCCGCGUUCCUCAAUGCGUGGCACGUUGGGAAAGCCGACACAGUCGACGAGGGAAAUCGAUAAGGGCCAAGUGUCCCUGGCCAAUGCCAAGCAACCACCAAAAUAAAUACGCAAAGGAAUACGAAGGGCCAAGAAACCGGGCAGCCAUGACAACGCGACUCAACAAAACAACAAAUGCCAAUCACCCAUACAAACGCGUAUUUAAUGCGGCUAUUCGAAUAAACUUGCCUCAAAAAUAGAACACACUGUCGCAUUAAUAUGCCCCGUGCCACACAAACUGUGUCAAUAGCGAGUAGUAGUUCUGCAUAUGGCCAGUUGAGUAGGAGCCGCCAAGUGGCAAGGAUCGCAGCGGUAACGGCCAGCAGUCGCAAGGAUACCCCAAGGAUACUUCGAGGAUACUCCGUUUCAAGCCAUGUUUCCCCAAGCUGAACUCGAGAACUACAAGCUGCAGGUGGAGCUGCUGCAGGAGAAACUGCAGCGCAGCGAGGAUAAUCGCCAGCAGCUGGAGCACAAGUUGGAUAAAAUCUUGCAGAAGCGCAGUGAGCUCGACAAGUCGGUGCGCCACAAGAGCCGCCAAAAGUACCAGGAGUUCCUGGAGGAGCAGGCCAAACGGAACGAGCGCAACAAGAAACUGGUCCACAUGCUGGAGCGGAUCGACGAGCAAACGGCUGCCAUGUCGCAACGGAGCGAGCGGCUUAAGAUGAUGAAGCUGCAAUACCAAAUGUACUUUGCGAAAUUGGUGCAGAAUCAAACAUUGCGUUGCAUCCAGCAGACGACGACAUCGCCAUCGACGGCUCCAUCCGCCGGCGGUGUGAUACCUGUGCUGGUGCAACAACCGCAGCCGCAGGUGACGGUGACCAAUCCGCAGUCGACGCCACAGAACUGGACGUUUGCCAUGGCCACGCCCACGCAGGCGGGCAUGCUGUUGACGCCCCAGUUUGCAGCAGCAAGUCCUGCAGGUCCGCCCAUGCAGUCCAUGCAUCCGAUGCAUCCCAUGCAGCAAUCCCCCAUGCCGGCUGGCCAUCCUGUUUACUAUCCCGAGCUCUUUGGCGGAACUGCAGCGCCCCUCGGCACCUCGAACCUGUUCGAUUUGCGCGCCACCCUGCGCGCCUUUGAUAAUGAGAAUGCCGAUUUACCGGAGCGCAUGCAGCCCCACUUGACAGGUGAUUAUCAGGCGGAGCUGGGCGGCAGGAUGGCUCCCACAGCGAGCGCAUCAGCAGCAGGAGCAGGAGGAGCAGAUCCUGCGACACCCACAUCGACUUUGUCCAGCCAGGAGAAGGGUGCGCGACAACUGAGCAGCACAUCCUCCACGCUGGCCACAUCCUCGCUGACAUUUGAUAAAUUGCCAAAGACAUCGUCGCCGUCGCUGACGUUAACUGAGCUGCCGACUACAGGAGCGGCAACUUCUGGCCAGGAUGCGGUUGGGCAACCGCAAAGGGAUGCCGGCGACCUGGAUGGCUGGACAAAUUCACGCGUGACUAAAGUCGAGUAUGAAAAAUCACCAACUGUCGUUGGCCAUAAUGAGCCACCGGGCCAGCGGCAUCAGCAACAACAGCCAGAACAGAUACCACGCCAGCAGCAAGGAGGCCAGGAGGCACAGCAGCAGCAGCAUCAGCAGCAGCCCUCCCACGACUUUGAAGCAUACUUUGGUGAGCUGAAAAUCGAUGAGUCAACCUGGCGGAAUGGCCAAUCCCCAUCCACACCCACACCCACACCCAUAGCCAGCGCCCACGAAGACAAACGCCCCUUGAACGUGCGUUCCAGCGAGCUGGGAUCGGGAUCUGGAUUUGGAGUGGGAAUGGGAAUGGGUGUGGGAGUGGGAGUGGGUGCCGGAUCAGCGGUUAGUGGCAAAGUUGGCAUCAGCAACGAUUUGCUGGACGAAGUCAAAGCCAGUCGGGCGGCACUCGAAAGAGCAGCGGCUGCGGUUGAUGAGCAGCUGGCAAGGGGUAAUCAAUUGUCGCCGCCAAGCAGCCAGAACCCCAAAACCGGUGUGUCGAUUGAGAAUAUUGAAAAUGCCAUUUACGGCGAACGGUUGACAGGAGCAGGAGCUGGAGUGGCAGGAGCAGGAGUACCAGCGACAGCAGCAGCAGGACUAGCUGCCACAUCAGGUGAGGCGAUGGCUGGCGUACCAGCCAAGGGAUUUUUAGAGAAUUUGGCAACCAACCCAUCGCCAGAGGAACUUCAGGAGGUGGAGCAACAACAGCAGCAGUUGCCACAGCAAGUGGAGCCAGAGUUGUCCGGGUACGGGCAAUACGAUGCCAGCAGUUAUGGCGAUGCCAGUGAGCCCAUCUAUGCCAGCAUCGAUUCCGCCAACCUGCAGCCCAUGCAAAACGCAAAAGUGGAGCCGCUUUACAGCGAAAUCGGAAAUCCCGCAGACUAUCAGCAUCAGUCGUACGCAACGGAUGCAGUUGCACUUGCUGCAGAUGUGCCUGCAGCAGCAGUGGCAAUCGAAGCUGCUGCCACAACGGUGGAUGCCACCGGUGGUGGCGAGGUGCUGCCGCAGGAGUACACCAAUAUGGAUUACGGCAACUACGAGGCCGAUCAAUAUGCGGCCGGCUAUGAUCCCAAUGCCUAUCCGGGCUAUAUAUACGAUGAGGCGAGCGGUCAGUACAUAGCCGAUCCCAAUGCCACCCAGUAUGCGGCAGAUGGCAGCUACGCUGGCCAGGAGUACGAUGCCAGUGCGGUGCAGAGCUAUGACUACAGCGCCUACGAACAGCAGUCGGAUCCACAGCAGCAGCAGCAGCAGGAGCAGCAGGAGCAACUGGAGUUGCCAGCACAGGAGCAACUGAUGCAGCAGGAAGCCUAUCCAGAAGCAGAAGCCACGCCGGAAGUGGAGGAGAGUGCAGCCGCUCCGGCGGAGCCAUCAACACCACUGGCCACCAGUAAGCCACUCAAACCCACAUCGAUACUCUCGACGACGACAGACAAACAAGCGGCGCCUAAUGAUGCGCAGCAGCAGCAGCUAAAGAAGAAGAAGCGCGUUAAUUUCGUUGACAGCAGCGAAACGGAUGAUAGCUCAAGCGCGAAACCGACCCAGGCCGCAAAUCCAGGACCUGCCGCCCCCCAUCCUGCCACGCCCCCAGCCGCGGGCGGCAGCGAGAGUGAUUUCGAUUUUUCAACCGGCAGCGAGGCGAAGAAUUAGAACAACGCUGAAAACAUUUCGAGCACUAAUUUGUUGCCAUUUGGGUUAACCAACCAGCCCAGCAACGCCAAGCCACCCAAACCCAAACCCAAUUCAAUGCGAACGACGGUCUCGAUUUAUUGCCAAUGCAUUGGGCGAAAAAUUCGAAAAAAUCCCGGAAGCCCAGAGAGAGAGAGAGGAAAAUGGAAAAUAAAACAGAAGCGACCAAUACGUGGAAAGUAGUGGAAAAUGGCGAACCUCAAGCCGCACAAAAAAAGUUGUUGCUUACUUAGGCGAUGACAAAAACUAACAAUGUGCGUUUAAUUCAAUAAUUUUAGUUGCAUGUCAAAUAAAGCGAAUAAACUUUAAAAUUCAUGAU